AUGGGGCAGAUGAGAAGGGCUGCCCGUCUUCGUUACCUCUCUGUGGCGGUAUGCUCCAUAGCCACGCCUAUCACUAUGUCUGAUUUUCGAGCUUUCAUUCGGAAAGCACAUCUCAAAAGUCAUCUACGAAAUCACACAGGAGAAAAACCCUGUGUAUGUGGUGAGUGUGGUAAAGCUUUCAGCGAGAAGCAACGCCUUAUAUCACAUCAGAGAUUUCAUACAGGAGAGAAACCCCAUGUAUGUGGUGAAUGUUGAAAACCCUAUAUCUGGAACUUUACCAAGAAGAAGGACCUCGCUGAUCAUCAGCGAAUUCAUACUGGAGAGAAACCCCAUGUAUGUGGUGAAUGUGGAAAGGCUUUUAUGAUGAGUACUCUCACUGGUCAUCAGCAAACUCAUACUGGGGAGAAACCUCACGUAUGUGGUGAAUGUGCAAAAGCAUUUAUCAAGGAGAAGGCUCUCACUGUUCAUCAGCGAACUCAUACUGGAGGGAAAUCCCAUGUUUGUGGUGAGUGUGGUAAAGCUUUCAGCGAGAAGCAACACCUUAUAGCACAUCAGAGUUUUCAUACAGGAGAGAAACCCCAUGUCUGCAGUGAUUGUGCAAAAGCCUUUAUCUGGAAGACUUCUCUUUCUCUUCACCAGCGAACCCAUAUUGCAGAGAAACCACAUGUCUGUAGUGAAUGUGGAAAAUGCUUUAUGUGGAAGUAUGAGCUCACUGUUCAUAGGAGAACUCAUACUGGAGAGAAACCUUGUGUAAGUGGUGAAUGUGGGAAAGCUUUUAUCCGGAAGAAGGACUUCGUUUAUGAUCAGCGAACUCAUCCUGGAGAGAAACCUCACGUAUGUGGUGAAUGUGGAAAAGCCUUUAUCAAGAAGAGUCCCCUCACUGAUCAUCAGCGAAUUCAUACUGGAGAGAAACCCCAUGUACAUGGUGAAUGUGGAAAGGCCUUUAUCCAGAAGACUUCCCUUACUGUUCAUCAGCGAACACAUCCUGGAGAGAAACCUCACGUAUGUGGUGAAUGUGGAAAAGCCUUUAACAAGAACAAGUUUCUCACUGAUCAUCAGCGAACUCAUACUGGAGAGAAAGUCCAUCUUAAUCAUACUGGAGAAAAACCUCAUGUACAUGGGGAAUGUGGAAAGGCCUUUAUACAGAAGACUUCCCUUAAUGUUCAUCAGCGGUCUCAUCCUGGAGAGAAACCCCAUGUAUUUGGUGAAUGUGGGAAAGCUUUUAUCCGGAAGAAGGACCUCGCUGAUCAUCAUUGA